AUGUCUCCAAAUAUGACUUGUGAAGCUCUCCCAGCUUUUUCUCCACGAGUAACUGUGGCCAAAAGAAAACAGGCUCUUGAGCUCCGAAAGACUAUGAAACCUCUGAUGGAAAAAAGAAGGCGCGCCCGUAUCAACGACAGCCUUAACCACCUGAAAAACCUCAUCCUUCCCCUCACAGGCAGAGAUAAGACUCGCUAUUCCAAGCUUGAGAAAGCCGACAUCCUUGAAAUGACUGCGAGGUUCCUCAGCGACAUCCCCCCUGUUAACAACAAAGAUUCCGCAGACAGUUACAAAGAAGGCUACAAAGCCUGCCUGCAGCGCGUCUCCGCUCUGCUUCCCAAAACGAGCCUGGAUCAAGAAGCGUGCCAGCGAGUGAACUGCUUCGUUCAGCAGUCCAUGUCCGCCACCGUCUCCCCAUCCUGCCGGAACUGUUGCGCCCAGAGCUCCAGGAGCCUCCCUCAGAUCCAACAGAGACUCCUGAGCCUUAAAUCCAGCUUCAGCUCCAGACUGGAGACUCAGACCCGCAGCAGCAGCGCAGUGGCUCCGAGCCUCGCUCAGCCAGGCCCGCAGCCUGUCAGCGCCGCCAUGUGGAGACCUUGGUAGAUCUCUCAACUUCAAGAAACCGGGUCUCAACAAAGCCUGCGGAGAGACUUUGCUGAGA